CACACCCCUGCCAAUAUGGGUUUUCUUUUCCAUGGAGAAAGGACAAUAUAUAAAUAUCGCCAACCCCAGCCAGUGAACGUAUUGCUCUUAUUUCUCGUCUUACCUAUCUCCAGAAAAAACUAUGUGGAUCGGAAAACUUUUUGCGAUCACUAUUCUAGGCGCUGCUAGCGUCAAUGCGCAAUUGACCAACACGACUUUGUUGGGUAUUUUGAACACAACUCAGUUGAGCCCAGCCAACAAGUUUAUGGAAUUGCUGAAGUCUGAUGACAGCUACAAGCCUAUUCUUAACUUGCUUUCAAGCCCGGGUAACCAUACACUGUUUAUCCCAACCGAUGCCGCUAUCGAUCAAUUGAACGAAACUGCAUCGCAGCAACAACAGCAAGGCGAUGGCAACCAGCAGCAGCCCUCAUCACAGGAAGAGGGAGGUGAUGAAGGCGGUGACCAAGAACAGAAUGGUGGCGAUCAACAACAAACCUCUUCUCAAGAAGAAGGCGGUGAUCAAGGCGGUGACCAGAACCAGCAAAAUAUUCAGCCAGAGGGCACUGCAAACCAACGUGCAGCCAUUCGUUCUCUCUAUGCUAUGCUUCCCCGUGCUGACUUGAAGAUCCUGCAAUCCUCUGGCGAUAAUAGCACCAAUGGUACUUCUUCCGGUGGUAACAGCACCAAUGGUACUUCCUCCGGCGGUAGCAACAAUAACUAUACGGCCAGUUCGGUUCCAUUCCAUGAAGGCCCUUAUGCCAACUACACCAUUCAGAAUUUGAUCCAGUAUCACAUUGUCAAUGGUAGCCACACCACCAAGGAACUGAACGAGUCUACUGUCCUGCAUACUGUUUUGACCAACCGUACCGUUGACAGAAACGGUAUGGGAAUGCCUGUCGUUGUUGUCGCUCAAAACGAGACUGGUAGCGAAGAUGAUCAGCAGCAGCAGCAGCAGCAAGAACAAAUUCAAAUUCUUCAACAGCAGGAUGGUGGCAACAGCUCUUCGUCCAAUGACACUUCUUCCUCCUCAUCUAACGAAACUCAGGCUGAAGUUCCCAAGAAAUACAUUGUCGGUAAUGGCGUUGAUUUUGCCAACGUCACGAUCAAAGAUAUUAAAGCUUCCAAUGGUGUGCUUCACUUCAUCGACAAGGUCCUUGUCCCCCCUGGAGAUCCUACUGAAGUCAUCCAGAAUGUCUCUGAAACCCAAACAUUGGGUCAGAUGGUCCAACAGCACGAAGACGCUGCCAAUGAAAUCAACCAGGCCCACAACAUCACCGUGUUUGUUCCUUCAGAUGAAGCUCUUUCUCAAGCCAACAUUAACGGUGGCAUCCAGAUGCUGGCAGCACUGAACAACCUUCAAGCCCAGUCGAAUGAUGUCCAGCAACUUGUCAAGAGACAUAUUGUCCAAGGCGUCUACUACAUCGAUAAUUUGACUGCCAUUGCUAACCGCACCAGCGGUGGCCACAGCAUCAAGAACGGUAACGGCAAACCCUUGUCGCUGCAAUCUGUCAAUGCCACCAGUGUCCGUAUCAACAACACUGCUUCUGUCGUUCACCCCAACAUCCUGACUGAUAACGGUGUAAUGCAUGUCAUCGACCGUGUGUUGGAGUCGAACCAACAACAGAAUGGCACACAACAGCAAAACGGAACUGAAAGCGGUGGCGGUAACGGCCAACAGCAGCAGGGAGAUGGUGGUCAAGGACAGUAAGAAUUCCAUAGAGAAUUCAUUUUAUUUUCGGUAUUCUUUUUACAAUAUCUGUAGAUAAGUUUCGUGUUUAUAUAUAAGUGUACAUAAAAAAGCCAACUAGCUAGUCACUAGCAGUUUAGUUGUUGGUGAAGUUAGGGUUUCUCUUUUCAGCAAAAGCACCCAUGCCUUCCUUUUGGUCGGCCUAUAGUAAAUAAUAAAAAUAAAUUAAAUAUCUUUCUAGAA